UAACCAGUUCCCGUCGGUGUUACGGUUAGGCCCAACAUCAAAUCCUGGCUCCGCAAUCCCACCGCCGCCCAGCCCAUCCCGACCUGCUGCAUAUGCCACGACGAGCUGCCAGUCAGGGGCAUUGAACGCGCCAGUCCAAGCGGCAGUCCCCCUCCCGGCUCGCCCGAACCACCCAUUGCUCUGAACCCCCCGCCUCGCCCUGCUCCCGCUCCCACCGGAAGCUCAUCCCAACCCGAGUUCUGCACCCCCUCCCUGACCCUCGCCCAACUCGGUCUUGAACCCAUCCCUCCUCCUCGACCGCGACACUACGGCCGCUACGGCUGGGCCGAAUGCGAGUUCUACCGGCGCCUCCGCGCCUCACUCGCGGGCGAAUCCAGCGCGCUCUCCAUGAUCCGGCAGCACAGCCUGCCGUGCUUCUUCUUCUGCGGCCACAUUGUCUGCCGGGGGUGUCUCGACAAGGAGGUCAGGCUGCAUUCCCUCCGGCCGAGGAAGUGCCCCGUGUGCAUGGAGCCUUUCAAUUCCGACGUCGCGGGCGAGUGUCAGCAUGUGCUGUUCCACGUGUUGGAUCCGGGGCCGGAUGGGGCAGACAAUCUCGAUCUUUGUCCGCUCACGAAAUCUGAAGGGGGGGAAUUGCCGGAUUUGUGCUGGAAUUGUGAGAAUUUGGAGCUGGUGGUUGAGACGGAUUCGAGAACGAGUAUCAGGAAGUUUAGUGCCGAGUUGAAUCUGUGGAUGUUGCGGCCGUAUACGGUGAUUGCGUUUCAUUAUCGGCACAGGGAGUUAGGGGCUAAGCGAAGGGAGGGGAGGUUGGAGGUGUUCAGGGGUUCGAGGACGCAGUUGAUAUUUGGGCUGAGCGAUUUGAGGCCGGUCCGUGACGCGACGUGGCUGGGUACGUGGCGAAAGAGGUGCUAUGGGUUUAUUGAGAAGGUGAUGGUUGACUACGAGACGUGGGAUUCACUCCUUCCUCCCACACUCUUUGUUCUUCAUCAUGUGGAAUAGCAACCUGCUUGCAUCUCAGCGAUCCAGCGUUUAGCGGUAUCAAGCAGCGUCUAGUCUGAAUGGAUAUCAAGCGAGCAUAAGGGGUUCUGGAUCUCUCUCAACGCGAGACGAUAUCUGGGGUGAAAGAACCGCUCGAAGCCAGGCCGUCGUGCGUUGGGCAUCGAAGAUGGCUGCCAUGGUACCGGCUCCUGUUCU